UCCCGCAGCUCAUGGAGGAGAAAUGCAGGCACGAAGGGGAGAGGGCGCUGGAGAAGUUCCGCUUCAACAUGGAGAGGAAUGACUGGGUUCUGGAGAAGAGUUACCCAGAGGAAGACAUCACCAUCAAGUCUGUAUAUGAUGUGGAGACGAAGGAUUAUUUCCUUUAUACAGAGGCCACAAUGGACUUCGAGAGCGAAUGGCUGUUCCAAGACUUGCUAGAGCACACGCUGGACGCCACUGCCGAAUGGUCCUCCGACUGCAAAGAUUUCAAAGUUGUUCAGCGGUGGCCGGCUGACCGGUGCAUACUGGCGCAUCAGGUGUUCGAGAAGAAAGCACUGGGAAUCUCCGUGACGCGGGACGUGGUCUACUUCAUGCACGGGCACGUGGAGGGCGACAGGCGCACCUGCGUUAUGUUCAGCACCGAGUGGCCGGGGCUUGAGCCGAGCAAAAAGAUUGUCAGGGGAACAGUCCAUAGAGGCAGCGGCCUGUUGCUGCAUCCCGAUCCGGAGCGCCGGACGACCCGGACCCUCAUGCACUGGAUAGCCUCGUCCGACAUGAAGAUCCCGCUCCUCCCAAAGGGCAUCCUUGUCCCCGUCUACGCGAUGGGAUGCCGGCAGUACAUCCUGGAUCUGCGGCGCUACCUGAAGGCCAGGUGGAGGAUGCACUUGGACUCCAUGGCUGACCGGUGCGUACUGGCGCAUCAGGUGUUCGAGAAGAGAGAGCUGGGAAUCUCCGUGACGCGGGACGUGGUCUUCAUGAACGGGCACGUGGUGGGCGACAAGCAUGUUGUUCAGCACCGAGUUGCCGGGGUUGGAGCAGACCAAGAAGAUUGUCAGGUUAAGAACCGCAGAGGCAGCCGCCUGUUGCUGUGUCCCGACCCGAUGCGGCAGAAGAGCCGGACCCUCAUGUACUGGAUAGCCUCGUCCGAUAUGAAGAUCCCGCUCCUCCUACAGACCAUCCUCGUCCCCAUUCAUGCGAUGGGAUGCCGGCAGUACAUCCUCGAUCUGCGGUGCUACCUGCCGGCCAGGUGGAGGAUCACUUGGACUCCCUGGGUGGCUGAUCUCUAG